AUAAUCCAUGCAAUAAUUUUGAUGAAGACAGUCUUGAUGGUAGCAGAAAAGCCUUCACUGGCUAAAACCAUUGCAGGGAUAUUGUCUAACAAUAAUAUGAGGGAAGUUAAAGUUACAGGGAAAUCUUUAUACAUUUGGAAUGGCAGAUUUAAGUCUGAACAAGUCAUUUUCAAAAUGACAUCGGUAUUUGGUCAUGUUUUCUCAAUCGAUUUUGAUAUGGAAUUCAAUAAAAGAAUUGAUCCGUCAGCACUAUUUGGGGCAAAGAUUAUCCGGAAGGAUGCAAUGUCAAAGAUGAGAUUACCUGCAUUUCUUAAGAGCCUUGCUGAAAAUGAAGGAAAAGGAUUAGAUUAUUUGGUACUAUGGCUUGAUUGUGAUAAAGAAGGAGAAAACAUUUGCUUUGAAAUAUUGGACAUAGUUAAAAGAUUUUUUAAUGAUAAAACUCGAAUUAAUUACUUUGAUUUCACUGGACGUGGAGGAAAUGUAAAUAAUUUUAAUAGGAACAAAUCAGUUUAUAGGGCUCGAUUUAGUUCUCUAUCCCCUGGAGAAAUACAAUAUGCUUUCGAAAAUUUGACAGAUCCAAAUUAUCUGGAAUCAAGAAGUGUUGAUGCAAGGCAGGAAUUAGAUUUGAGAAUUGGUUGUGCAUUCACACGUCUGCAAACAGCUCAUAUGGCAAAAACAAUGAAUACCAAAGAAAAAAUUGUUGUAUCCUUUGGACCCUGCCAAACACCCACCCUAGGAUUUUGCGUUGCCAGGGAUGAUUUUAUCAAAAAGUUUCAAAGCCAAACAUAUUGGGGAAUCGAUGUUAGGGUUUCGUUAGACAAUCAAGCUACCGGUAAUAGCUAUUAUUCGAACUUCAACCGCGACCAAGAUACGUUGAAACUGUAUUGGGACAGGGGCCGAAUUUUUGACAAAGAGGCCAUUAACGCCUUCUGCCUAUUAGUCAGAGGAGAUAUUAACCAGGGACCGCCCAGAGCACUCGUGAAGUCAAUGACGGCCAAUAUAAAGCAAUGCUAUCCUCCGCUCCCUUUAAACACGGUUCAAUUAUUGAGAAUAGCUAGUUCAGCCUUUGGUCAUAGUCCGCACCACACUAUGGAUUUGGCAGAAAAGCUUUACACCUCCGGUUAUAUUAGUUAUCCUAGGACCGAAACGUCCGCUUAUUCGGCUGGAUUUGAUUUUCAAUCUAUCCUGAACGCUGCUAGAUCCGUUCCACAUCUGAGCCCUGCCGUCAAUAAAAUAAUGGCCCAGGGUGGCCCAAACCAACAAAACAGGUUUGGGGGUAAGGACGUCGGCGACCACCCGCCCAUAACCCCCACUCCACAAAUAUUGUAUUCUAAUUCCUUUGAUAGGGAUGAUGGGAAAAAGCAGAUUUACGACUACAUAUUCACCCAUUUUUUGGCUACAUUGAUGGGAAAUGCUAAGUACCUCGAAUACGUUACCACUUUCGAAAUAAACGGUGAAAUUUUUAAAAGCGAACACAGGGAAUUAUUGGAAGCCGGAUUCAUGGAGAUUAUGCCAUGGAAAUUGGGGGAGAACGGUCUCACUAAUAAAUCCGUUAACCAUCAACGGACCGAAUUCAAGGAGGGAAUGAUUUACCCCGUCAUUAAAGUAGAAACAACAGAAUAUCAAACCAAACCUCCCAACUUGCUCACCGAAUCGGAACUUAUCAAGCUGAUGGAAACACACGGGAUUGGCACAGAUGCUAGUAUUCCAGUCCAUAUCAAAAAAAUAAUUGACAGGAACUACGUUAAGAUAGUGGGUAACACUGCUAAUCGGAAAAACUUCAAAUCAUCUUUUCAAAACAAUGAUUUUGACAAUGACCAAGAAGGAAAUACUAAUAGCGGCGGAGGAAAAGCUAGGUAUCUAAUGCCAACUCAACUCGGAAUAGCUUUGGUGCAUGGAUACGAAAUGAUAGACGCAGAGCUGGUACUACCUACUAUGCGAGCCGCGAUGGAAAAGCAACUGAACUUGAUUGCCAAUGGUGGAGCCCUCUACGAUAACGUAGUGUCUCACACACUUAACAAUUACGUGAGCAAGUACAGAUUUUUUGAAAGCAAUCUCGGCUUAAUAUCCACCAGGAACAUAGGAUCGCUAACAUCCAAUUCACCCUCUAAUGAAAACGGUCGGGGUCGUUCCAAUUCAGGCAACCGUUCCGGAUUUGGGCGCUCAUCUUCUACAGGUUUUAGAUCGAGGAAUUCAUCUGGUGGAAGUUUCAAAGGUGGAAGAGGCGGUAGGGGUGGUGGUAGAGGAAAGGUACGAGGGCGGCGAGGGGGUGGGAAACAAAGCGGCGCAAAGGAAGUCACCAUCACGGCUAGGUACAAUAUCGCUCCACCACCUGUAGUGACCGGAAGUAACGGAUACGUUUCUGCACCAAUUUACAACACUGAACGUCUAAAACGCUUCUUGGAAUGAAUGAUUAGUUAAAUAGAUAUCCUAGAAUAAAAUCAUUAAAUAUUAAUGGAUUAGGGAUUUGUUUAUUUGUUAAUACCGUUAUUUAUAUAGUACUACCAUAUUGUAUUGUAUAUAUUUUAAUUUUAAUUAUAGCAAAAUUAUUUUUUGUUACCAUAUUUAUAGAAUAUAGAUUUUGCUAUUAUUGAGUGUACAGAUGAUUGUUA